AUGGAGAAAAUCCAGCAGCAGCAAUGGUGGAGAGUGAUCAAGUCAUGGCUAUCUUACAAGAAUGCCACUAUUAUCGUCUGCUUAUUCAAUGUUAUCACUGCCCUUCUCUUGCUUCAAGGCUUCCUCAAUUUCCCCUCCUCAUCGCAAAAAGCCUUAUACAGGCAUAUAAAAGAAUCUGAAGACAUUCGCCGUUCCAUGGUGCCUCUGGAUCUGAUUAAAAGAGUUAGAGAAAUUGAAAAAGAAGCGUAUGUUGAAGCAAAGCCUGUACCGAAAAGAGAUUCUAAGCAGACAGCUGCAGCUGACCUUAUAUCCAGGCUGAACAAUUUUCAUUCAUAUUCAGAUGCUGGCAGUGUAAAAGCCUUGGAAGAAUGGCGUAAGAGGAAGAUGGAACGAGCCAGACAACGGUCACUGGUGAAGAAUGGAACAUCCGGCUCCCAACUCUGA